AUGCCAGAAUGGGAGAGUCAAUCCAAAGACAACACCAUCAAGCUCUGGGCUUUCGAGUCCCACCAGUCCCUCGCUUCAUUCCGCGUUCAGGAACCACACUCCGUUAUCCUCUCACUUAAGUACUAUAUAUGCGACACUUCACCUGACAUCCUUGCUAGUAUAUGGCAUGCCACGCAUGAAGCGCAGCCCAAUAUCAAUACACCUCGCAAUCCACGUUGCACCGUGCGCCGUAACCCCAUCAGAUCUCCCAUCCGCAUCCCACCAAAACCUCUGCCUACAAUAGACCCACAGCAACCCAUUUUCCUUCAUUACCUUCGCAAACUCCUUUCUUCGUCCUUCCGCAUGGACGCAAUCCCUCCUAUUCGGAACGAUGAGCCUCGCAGUCCACUACACUCUCCUGCUACGUCACCCCUACCUCCAAAUUGCUUUCCUUCAGUGCAGGCCACAACUCAGCCCGCCUCCCAGUCGCCCACUGCUAUUCCCACUACCUUCAAAUCCCACAUACGCCACUUAUCAGGCCAGUCGAUGUUUCUCUCGCGCAGGUGCAACGCUGCAGCGGACGCUCCCGCCAAGGAUGAUGAUGAUGAUUUGAUCUGCGAUGAAGACUAUCUCCCUCCUCCUCCACCGACCCACGGUUCACAACCACAAUCCGCAGCAAGGUCGAUUAACUUUCCAGGACAUUCCCUGGAUAUUUCGGUUUUGCCUGAUGUAGCUCGUCGCAUGCGUUCUCCCAUUAACGCUUAG